GUGUACUGUGGGAGACCGGAUAUAGUGAAUGCAGAGUCCGGAGAGACCAGAUAUAGUGAAUGUAGGGUCCUGGGAGACCAGAUAUAGUGAAUGUAGGGUCCUGGGAGACCAGAUAUAGUGAAUGCAUGGUCCGGGGAGACCAGAUAUAGUGAAUGCGGGGUCCGGGGAGACCAGAUAUAGUGAAUGCAGGGUCCUGGGGAGACCAGAUAUAGUGAAUGCAGGGUCCGGGGAGACCAGAUAUAAUAUAGUGAAUGUAGGGUCCUGGGAGACCAGAUAUAGUGAAUGCAGGGUCCAGGGGAGACCAGAUAUAGUGAAUGCAGGGUCCGGGGAGACCAGGUAUAGUGAAUGCAGGGUCCGGGGAGACCAGAUAUAGUGAAUUCAGGGUCCGGGGAGACCGGAUAUAGUGAAUGCAGGGUCCUGGGAGACCAGAUAUAGUGAAUGCAGUGUCCUGGGGAGACCAGAUAUAGUGAAUACAGGGUCCGGGGAGACCGGAUAUAGUGAAUGCAGGGUCCAGGGA